GCUCGGUGGCCGUGGCGGGCGAAGGGCAGAACGCUGCGGUAUUUUGUCCCACGCGGCGACCCCUCCUCCCGCCGGCGCUGCGGCCGCAGCGGCUGCGAGGGAGGCAGCGGAGAGCUGACGGCAGGCCACGGCUGGGCGGCCUGGAGGCCACGGGAGGUGGAGGCCCGGCCGCCAUCCCGCGGCACGGGAGCGGAGGGGAAGAGGCGGACGCCCGCCAGCCCCGCCCGGUCGCCGAGAACGUGGGGGAGGCUCCGCGCGCCGCCCGCCCCCCGGCGCCCGCAGCCCUGCUGGCCCUGCAGCCGCCGCAGCCGCAGCCGCCGCCGCCGCCGCCGCCGCCGCUGCCUCCGCCUCAGGCUCCCGCCGCGGGCUCGACGGCCCCGGCCGGGGAGGGAGGGCGGCGGGUGCCGCCGGAGCCGCCAGACAUGUCGGGAGGGCACUGCGGCAGCUUCGCCGCGGCGGCGGCCGGCAGCGGCGAGAUCGUGCAGCUGAACGUGGGGGGAACCAGGUUUAGUACCUCAAGACAAACACUUAUGUGGAUUCCAGAUUCUUUUUUUUCCAGUUUGCUGAGUGGAAGAAUUUCAACACUUCGAGAUGAAACUGGUGCUAUAUUUAUUGAUAGAGAUCCAGCAGCGUUUGCACCCAUUUUAAAUUUUCUUCGGACAAAAGAACUAGACUUAAGGGGAGUGAGUAUUAAUGUUCUCAGACAUGAAGCAGAAUUUUAUGGAAUCACUCCAUUAGUAAGAAGGCUUCUCUUAUGUGAAGAACUGGAGCGUUCAUCUUGUGGCAGUGUCCUUUUUCAUGGUUACUUGCCUCCACCAGGUAUUCCUAGUCGUAAAAUAAACAACACUACUAGAUCCUCUGCUGAUUCUAGAAAUGGACUAAAUUUUACAGAAGGUGAAGCUCGAGGAAAUGGUACACAGCCUGUUCUCUCUGGAACUGGGGAAGAGACUGUUAGGCUAGGAUUUCCUGUGGAUCCACGAAAGGUACUAAUAGUAGCUGGCCAUCACAACUGGAUUGUAGCUGCGUAUGCCCAUUUUGCUGUGUGUUACAGAAUCAAAGAAUCUUCAGGAUGGCAACAAGUGUUUACAAGCCCAUAUUUGGAUUGGACUAUUGAACGAGUAGCUCUAAAUGCAAAAGUGGUUGGAGGUCCACAUGGAGACAAAGACAAAAUGGUCGCCGUUGCCUCAGAGAGUAGCAUCAUCUUAUGGAGUGUCCAAGAUGGAGGAAGUGGAAGUGAAAUUGGAGUGUUCAGCCUUGGUGUUCCUGUAGACGCUCUCUUCUUCAUCGGUAACCAGUUGGUGGCCACGAGUCAUACAGGGAAAGUGGGAGUGUGGAAUGCUGUCACCCAGCACUGGCAGGUUCAAGACGUUGUUCCUAUAACUAGUUAUGACACUGCUGGGUCGUUCCUUCUACUGGGAUGUAACAAUGGAUCAAUAUAUUAUAUAGAUAUGCAGAAGUUCCCUUUGCGAAUGAAGGAUAACGAUCUUCUUGUAACUGAACUUUAUCAUGAUCCUUCAAAUGAUGCUAUUACUGCUCUGAGUGUUUACCUCACACCCAAAACAAGUGUCAGUGGUAACUGGAUUGAGAUUGCCUAUGGUACGAGCUCUGGAGCAGUACGAGUAAUUGUGCAGCACCCAGAGACGGUUGGGUCAGGCCCUCAGCUUUUUCAGACCUUCACAGUUCACCGAAGUCCCGUCACAAAAAUCAUGCUCUCAGAGAAGCAUCUUGUAUCAGUCUGUGCAGAUAAUAAUCAUGUCCGGACAUGGACGGUAACACGAUUCAGAGGAAUGAUCUCUACUCAGCCAGGUUCUACUCCUCUAGCAUCGUUCAAGAUACUGUCCCUGGAGGAGACAGAAAGCCAUGGAAGCUAUUCCUCUGGAAACGACAUAGGGCCUUUUGGAGAGCGAGAUGAUCAACAGGUGUUUAUCCAGAAAGUUGUUCCCAUCACUAACAAACUGUUUGUAAGACUCUCAUCUACUGGGAAGAGAAUCUGUGAGAUCCAAGCUGUUGACUGUACUACAAUAUCCUCAUUUACAGUGAGAGAAUGUGAGGGCUCCAGUAGGAUGGGCUCAAGGCCAAGGCGCUACUUGUUCACGGGCCACACGAAUGGCAGCAUUCAGAUGUGGGAUCUGACCACUGCCAUGGAUAUGGUUAACAAAAGUGAGGAUAAGGAUGUAGGUGGUCCGACUGAAGAGGAGCUACUCAAAUUACUGGAUCAGUGUGAUCUGAGCACAUCUCGCUGCGCUACUCCUAAUAUCAGUCCAGCAACUUCUGUGGUUCAGCAUAGCCGUCUUCGUGAAUCAAAUUCUAGUCUUCAGCUCCAGCACCAUGAAACCAUCCAUGAAGCAGCUACUUACGGUUCCAUGAGGCCUUACAGAGAAAGUCCCUUGUUAGCAAGAGCAAGGAGGACUGAGAGCUUUCACAGUUACAGGGACUUCCAGACUGUGAACUUGAACAGAAAUGUAGAAAGAGCUGUCCCUGAAGAUGGUAACUUGGGUCCAGUACAAGCUGAAGUGAAGCGGGCAACAGGGGAAUGUAAUGUGUAUGAGAGAAAGUCUCCUGGAACCGAAGUUAAAAGUUUGAGAGAAUCAGAUAGUGGAGUGGAGGUGCAUAAAAUAGCUGAAGGUUUUCUAGAAUCCAAGAAAAGGUCAUCAGAAGAUGAAAAUGAAAAUAAAGUGGAGUUACGGAAGAAAGGAGGAUUUGAAGGAGGAGGAUUCCUUGGAAGAAAGAAAGUCCCCCACCUGGCAUCAUCACCAAGUACCUCUGAUGGAGGAACUGACUCACCUGGUACUGCAUCCCCAUCUCCUACGAAGACUACUCCAUCUCCUCGGCACAAAAAAAGUGAUUCUUCAGGUCAAGAGUACAGCUUGUGAAAACUCAGCAAAAUGAGUAGUUUCAUUAAUUCAGAUGAGAGUUAAACUUUACUGGAGUUCAACACAUUAGCUUUUACACCAAAACUUUACAAAUUAAGAUUGGACUUCAUUCAGUAUCUUUUUGACAGAAUUACCUGGGGUAAGGAGAUAAAAUAACCAUAUCAUCUCUUCAGAUCUUUUGGAAAUUUUUUUUAGUUUUACAGGCACAUUUAGUAGAUCAUUUGUAAAGCAGGAGUCUACUUCAGUGUUUACUCUGUGGAUUUUGGAAGCAUAGUACCAUGUCUUAAUAAGAUGGUGCCCAUAUAGAUGAGCAUCCCCUUAGAGUGUGGGAACCAACAGACUGCAUUCCUAAUGUUGAUUAUGCCUGAGAUUUGUCUUGCAAUGUUAUAUUAAGUGAAUUACAUAAUUCUCUUUGGAGCUUAGUCUCCCAACCCUUAUUGUGAUUGCAAAGUGGUUUACCAGGUAUUUAAUGAGGUGCUAUGUUUGUGAAAAAAUAUGUAAUUCAAAAACACUAUUGAAUACCAGAUUACGCUGUGUAGUAGGAAGUCCUUUAGGAUAAUUUUACUUUAAUUGAUUCUCAUUGUUGGAGUUCUUAAAUCUUAGCAAGCAUCACCAAUAUUAAAUAUUAAAUUGGUCAAAAGUUUAAACUUUCUUUAAAGUUGGAGCAAUUGUCUGUGUUUGAACAGAUGAAGUAAAAAUAAUAAAGACAGACAGCUUUGAGUGACCACAAAGGAAAACUGUACCAGUUGCUAGUCAGCCUUGUUUUAGGAGCCACGAUAUUUUUUUCCUGUGUUAAUAAUCAAGAUAAUUAAAUUAGAAUGUGGCCAUUUUGUUAAGCUUGAGACUGCAGUUCUGAAUUUUUUGGUUAAAGGUUUUGGCUGCUGUAGAAAUAUUUUAAAUAUAUUUUGAAUUAUAAGAACAAAAAAAUUUUUGUAUUUUUUUCCAUUUAAUUGGAAUGAUUUCCAAGUUUCUGCAAAUAAGGUAAUUGUAAAUUUAAAGCAUUAAGCAUUUAUUGGUGAAUAAUGUAUAUAUUCCCAUUCUGAGAAAUAUAAGUGGAUCAAGUCAAAAUAAAUGAAGUUUCCUAUAUUGCCAGUGGUUUCACAGCCAUUCUCUUGUAUUUGUCAAUUAAGUCAAAUAAAAGUGAUUAAGACUGUGUUUUCAAGUUAUUCAAGGAA